CUCGUGUUAUAGAUGAAGAGAUCCGCGCGCAUACGAUUGAUAUGUUUGAAUGGCGGCCGCUGUAGAUGGACAAGGGGCGGGUAAGAAUAUAGCGUGAACCAUCCAGGGAAACAGACUGCCUCCUCGCAGCAUAUACCCCCGCCACGCAUCCAUCACCUUUCCACCUUCCUUCGCACAUCGAAUAGCUUCUCUAGUACCUCCACACGGCAAUCGCAUAUCUCCAAGAUGGCAGAAAUCCAGGAGCCCACCAAAAAAGACGCUUUCACUCUUUUCGAGGAGAUCCAGCGCAAGUUCCCCGGCGGGACUCUCGGAGAUGAUAAAUGGUACUUGGUUACACUCUCUGCCCUCGUGGGAGUCGAACCCGAACAUGCCGCCCACCUUUACACCUAUCUGAUCGACAAGCCCGAAUUCUCCAGCUCUGAAUCCCGACAGGCUCUCAUACGACGUCUGCGCGAAGUGUUGGUGAAGAAUAUAUCAGUACAAGGCGUCUGCAAGCCUCUCGAAUCAUUGUUCUCGAUUGCAAAGAUUGAGCGGCCGGAGGAUAAAGACUAUUCGUUUUCUCGGGAGGAAUGGCAAGCGGGGCCAGAGAACCUCGAAAGGGGGGAAAAGUGGUUGAAAACAAUUUAUGCCGGGAAUUUAUCGACAACUACAGGGCCUUUCAAAGCUCACAAGGACUUCGAUUUCAUAUCGAGGCAGAUCACAUACGGAUUCUAUCUUUCGGAUCAUAGUAUUCUUGGGCCUUUGGAUACGGAGUUGGUUACAUUGGCUGGGAUUAUGAUACAGAAUCUGCCAUUGGAGACGGCUUGGCAUCUUAGAGGGACGAGGAGAGUUGGAGUGAGCGUGGAGGAUGUAGAAUUGGUCCAACAAUGCGUCGAGAUGGUCGCGAAGUACGGAGGUGCUCGAUUACACAAGAUCCCCCGAGUUGUAGAUAUCGAGCAUGAAGUUACAGGAUCCGACGAGGCUGAAUAGCUUUAGACAGGCUCGGCAACGAUUGCUGAGCAAUCGAUUAGUAAUCGAUUGUGUGCACUAUUGAUUAGCUAUCGAUUGUAAUCGAUUGGUAAUCGAUUACUAAACGAUUAUUACCCCGCACCCCACGAAAGCUAAGCACUAAAUUUUUAGUACCUAUAGCCUAUAAUUUAGCGAUCGUAGCCCUAAAAUUUAGCGAUAAGCAGCCUAUAAUUAUAGGGCUCCCUUUUCCUCGC